CGUGUCUCUCUUUCUCAUUAGGCUCUUUUGGGACAAUUUUCCCCAAACGUGGAGGAAAAUUUUGCACUACCCUCACUCUUUGCAGUUUACAUUUGCACCCCUCAACCGAGUGGACUCAUCCCGGGCUCGCUCCAUUCUGGGCUUCUGGACUCAUUAUUCGUCCUCAUGGCGCAGCCGCACUCGCAUGCACACAACCCAUACACACUUACCAACCUUACGGUCCCUCCGUCGCCGCCUUCCACCGCCGCAGUCCCCCAUGUCCUCCGCGUUCAGGACCCACCGGCCGAAAUUACACAUACCGACCGGAGUGCCUUGGAACUGGACGCAGGAAAGAAAAUGGAUAAGAAUCUCUUGGAGAAAAACACAGAGCUGAUAUUGAACCAAGAGGAUCAUCUACACUUGACAUGGCAUGUCUUUACUCAAGAAGUAAAAGAGGUUUGUUAUGUAGCAGGGCCUAUGGUGGCUGUGAAUUAUUCAACCUUUUUUUUGCAAACUAUUUCUUUGAUGAUGGUGGGUCACUUGGGUAAACUUGUUCAAUCUAGCACUGGUGUUGCCAUGUCUCUUUGUGCUGUCACUGGCUUCAGUGUCAUGUUUGGAAUGGCUUCUGCACUUGAAACACUAUGUGGGCAAGCCUAUGGAGCUAAGCAAUAUAAGAAGUUUGGUGUUCAAAUUCAAACUGGCAUCUUCUGUCUUAUCUUAUGUUGUAUUCCUGUGUCUGUGUUGUGGCUCAACUUGGGGAAGAUACUAGUUUUGCUUGGUCAAGACCCUUUAAUAUCACAUGAAGCAAGCAAAUUUGCAAUUUGCUUGAUUCCCGCUCUCUUUGGUUAUGCAAUACUUCAAGCCUUGAUUCGAUACUAUCUUAUGCAAAGUUUGAUCACUCCUCUUGUACUCUCCUCUUCAUUUACCAUUUGCUUCCAUGUAGUUUUUUCUUGGACAUUAGUUUUUAAAUCUAGUUUGGGUCGCUUUGGAGGAGCGUUUGCCAUUGGUACCUCAUAUUGGUUGAAUGUGACCUUACUUGCGUUACAUAUGAAAUUCUCUAAUUCUUGUGCAAAUACUCGGGUUCCAAUUUCCAUGGAGCUUUUUCAUGGGAUUAGAGAGUACUUUGGCAUGGCUGUUCCUUCAGCUAUAAUGGCUUGCUUCCAAUGGUGGUCAUAUGAAGUGACUAUAUUGCUUGCUGGUCGUCUACGACCAAACCCACAGCUUGAAACGUCAAUCUUAGCCGUAUGUGUAUCAAUGAACUACGCAAUCUAUUCAAUACCAGAAUCAAUUGGCUCAGCAGCAAGCACAAGAGUUUCAAAUGCAUUAGGAGCUGGAAGUCCACAAGCAGCACGAGUUUCUGCCAUUUGUUCAAGGGUUAUAAUGCUUUGUGAGGCCAUAACAGUGAGCUUAAUCAUUUUUGCAAGUCGGGAUGUUUUAGGUCAUGUUUUUAGCAAUGAGCCGGAUGUGAUACGCUCUGUCACAGACAUAUCUCCUCUUUUAGUCAUGUCGGUUUUCGUGGACUCCUUACAAGGUACCCUCACAGGGAUUGCUAGGGGAAGUGGGUGGCAGCACAUAGGGGCAUAUGUAAAUUUCGGAGCUUAUUAUGUUGUUGGCAUUCCACUUGCUGCAAUUUUGGGUUUUGUGGUACAUAUGAGAGCAAAAGGCCUUUGGCUUGGAAUAACAACUGGUACACUGGUCCAAGUGAUUUUGCUAUUGAUCAUUAUAAGUCGUACAGAUUGGGCAAAAGAGGCAAGAUUGGCUAGGCAGAGGACUUUGCAAAGAACUUUGGCAGAAGAUGAAAAUGUUUUGAUUUGAUCAACUAGAGUACAUUACUUAUUGCUUUGCAAAUUAGCAUCUUCCCUAAUUCGGGCAAAGUGAGAUAUAUAUGUGUGUCUGUAUGUGUGUUCGCAAUUAAAUGCAUUAUCUCCUUUCACACUUACAAUGCCUGUAUUGUCUCCAUCUACAUGCAAGGUUGAUAGUUGAAUCCGAAGGCCACAAGCAUGUGUCAUUUGAAUGAUGUAGUCUAGUUUGUCAACAUCGAUUCGCAUUAAUUUUAAUUUUCCUGCUCGCAUAGCUUUUACUUGCAUUUUAUUUUUAGGCUAAAAUUGUGUUUGUCAUGUGUAUUCUUGCUGGCUUUGUUUUUUACCCCUUUGGAGUUGGAUGUUGGGCAUGAAAUAAUUACGAAAGGAAGGAGUUUU